ACUUUCAAAAAGAAAAAUAAUAAUAAUAAUAAAAAUUUCUGCUAGAUUUUGAACUAGCAGUCUUUCAUUUUCAAGGCAAGAGGUAUAGCCUUUUUUGCUAUUACAACACCCAGGAUGAGAGUAGGUCUCAAAUAGUAAACAUUGACUCAGUUGAAAGGGCAUUCCUAUCUCUUUGAAGUUUCAAGAUACUGAAGCGUGCUAUCUAAAACAGACAGGAACACUCGAAGAGACAUAAACUAGAAAAAUGGAAGUGGAGCAGAAAAACAUGCCCUGAUGCCACUGAGUAGGUGAUGUUCAUUUCUGUCCUCCAGAAAUAGUUGCUUGGUCUGUCCUGGCUACAGGACAACUGGGCAGUGUGGAUAAGCCCUAGGAAGUUCUUAAAGCCAUCAGAGAAAGCACUAACUUACUGUCCUGAAGCAGAGUGCCCAACAAUUUAGGUGCAGCUGUAAAGAACACCUUGUCCCCAUCGAUCAGCCCUCCAUCUCAGUUAUGGCAUGAAAAAGGGCUAGUCUGUGAGAUAUUAAGGUGCCCUUUCUACAUUCUCCCUACAUAUAAGUGAUUAUUACUUUGAUCCCUCAUUCGUUCUGUUCUUUUCAGUCAUACAAAAACAAAAGGAAGCUAAGUUUCCACACAUACUAUAGCUUUUUCCCCAACAAGAAAUAAUAAUAGCAUUCUCAUGUGGCAGAAAUCUAAGAAAAUUGUAUCCUAUAGGCUUUGUUACUUCAAAAUGUUUUACUGUCUAAAACUGAGCUUCUAUAACCUGUGAACUAGGUUGAAAAAUAUUUUUAGAAAUGAUUGGUUAUUUAUUUAUCAUUUUGUCUUUGCUUGCGGUGUACAAGGAAUGUAGGGAAAUAACUUCUAUUGAUUAAAUUGUUCAUAUAUUGUGGAACAUGAAUUCUAGUUCAAGUACAGACUUUGGUUCUAAUGCAUUUUUUUUCUUUUCAAGGAACAAAGUUAUUGAGUGUUGCACCAUGGAAGAUUGCCUCCAUACAUCUUCUGAAAACCUUUCCAAGCUGGUCAGUUGGGCCCACAGUCAUGGUACCAUCUGCAGCCUCAUUCCAAAUUUAAAACACCUACUUUCAGAGGGUUCCCAUGGCAAUCUGACAGCUAUGUGGGGCUGUAGCGCAGGCCAUGCCUAUCACUGGCCCCUGACAGCUACCUGUAGGGCUGGCUCACAGGAAAGAGUUUGUUUCCAGGAUAACAGAAGCUUCAACUCUGAUAGUCCCAGCAUAAUAGGUAUGCCUUCAGACACCCAAGCGAGUCCAGUGGAACGCUAUCCAGGGAGGUCAGGAAAAGCAAAGUUGGACUGUAACAGAAACAGAGAUUCCUGUGAUUUCUCCUACUGUAGCGAGCCUUCUGAAUUAGAUGAAACAGUGGAGGAAUAUGAAGAUGAAUCUAAUCUUUUUGACAUGGUCUGUGAGUCCUCAGUGACAGAUGAAGAUAGUGAUUUUGAACCUCAUCAUCAAAGAUCUCAGAUAAGUUCCCUUAAAAGGCCUGGCCCAUCUUCUUCAUUUCAUCUGGACUCUCGCUCUCAGGUCAUUGAUGGAAGCAGCAAUGACGUAUUAGUCAAAAAAAUAAAGCAAGAACUCCCUGAGGAUUAUUAUAUCGUGGCUAAUGCAGAAAUCACUGGCGGCAUUGAUGGCCCUGCAUUAUCCUUGACACACAUGUCAAAACCUAAAGCUGGAACCUCCUGUCCUGUGGCAUCUAAGCCAUCUUCCCAUGCAUCUCCUUCCCUCAGUGCUGACUUUGAUUUACAGAAUGUUUCAGCCUCUUCACAAGUUACAUCAAGGCCAGUGGCCCAGAAACCUCCCAAAGUAACUCUGCCUUCCUCAAGCAGAAGGCCUGGUAGCGUCCCAAUGGUAAAUCCUCAGGUGGCCCUUCAGGUGCCUGCCAGCACUUCCAAUGCUGGCAAACCUAUAAGCAUUCCUUUAUCAGCCUUGCAACUCCCUGGGCAAGAAGAGCUGUCAGCCUCAGAAGAUCUCCUCCAGCCCGGGCCAAAUCAAGUUCCCAAUGAUGUAGCAUUAUCUCCUUCUGUUAGCACAGAGCCAGAGGUUAGCUCUAGCCAGCAGCAGCCAAGCACUGCUCCCACCACAGUCACUGAGCCAGUGGCACAGACAAUACCAGACCAAGAUGAGAGAGCCGCAGAACUUAGUAGAGAGCAAAAUGAGAAAACUAUACGCAGCACUCAGACAGCUCUCCGGAACUUCAGAGAGUUUCUCAUCUCUAAGUAUCCUUCGGAAACCAGGGAGAUCUACAUUAUUCCUUGCAAAGAACUAGACGCUUACCUAGCAUCAUUUUUUGUUGAUGCUAGGCAGAAGGAUGGUUCAGAGUAUGAGCCAAAUAGUUUGGCCAACUACCAGUGUGGGCUGGAGCGAUAUCUCAAAGAGCAUCGAUAUGGAUACAGCAUCACCCGAGACAAGGAAUUCAAGAGGUCCCAAGAAGCACUGAAACAGAAGCAGAUAGAACUGAGGUGCAAAGGAAAAGGCAACAAGCCACACAAAUCAAUGAAGCUGACCUUUGCAGAUGAGCUUAUUCUCCGCAAAAGAGGCCUGCUAAGCCGUUAUAAUCCCGAGGGGUUGCUAAACCUCGUCUGGCUCAAUAAUACAAAGGCCUUUGGCCAUUGUACAGGUUUCCAUGGGUCAACUCUCAAAUGGGGGGACAUUAGACUUCGGGUGACAGAGACUGGCUUAGAAUACUUGGAAUGGAUGGGCCAAGAUGGCAGCGAUGGGAAUGCCAAGACUAAGAGGACAGGCACAGAUUCCAGAGUGUACGCAACUCAGCAUGCGCCGCAGACCUGUCCUGUGCAAGAUUACAAGGAAUAUGCACAAAGGCGUCCCCCUGCAAUGCGGUACGAGGACGCCCCUUUCUACCUAUCCAUUAAGCCAGUUGUUAAUCUAGCUGCAUUACAUUGGUACAAUUGUCAGGCCCUGGGUAAGAACAAGCUAGCCAAGAUGGUCAAGACUAUGUGUGAAAAAGGGAAUAUUCCUGGGAGGAAGACCAACUUCAGUGUGUACCAGAGCUGCAGCACCCUCUCUGAAGCCCAGAGUAACCAGCUGGUGCUGAUCUGCAACAACUUAAGCCAACAGGCUGCUCAGUCUGUAGCAAGCCAUUCCGGUACUGGCAACUUCAUAGUGUCUGCGUCGUAUGACUCUUCUUCAGACACUGCUUGAAAGGACUCUCAGUGGGAACAUGUGGGGCUUGAAACUUUAGUGUCCAACAACAUGCAUUGUCUGUGAUUCCACAGUAC